UCUGCACAAGAAGAAGGAAAAAAAAACCUCUGCAGAAAGGGCGAGAAGAAAGAGGCUUGAGAGUUGAGAAACAGAACCAAAUCCUUUUCUUAAUCUUCACGCCUUCAUUAACACAAUUCCUUCUUCUUGCUCUCUGCUAAUUAAGUAUCCCUCUCCUCUUCUUCCUUCUCUCUCUCUCUCUCUCUCUCUCUCUCUCUCUUUCACUUCUCAUAAAAACCUCUGUUUUACAGUCUCUGCUUUCUAUGCAUUUAAAGCACACAGUCCACGCGCCUCUUUUCUCAUUUACUAUUUGCCUUUGCCUCACCACCGCACUCUUUUUCUUUCUUUAAGUUCCCACCUCUUGUGCCCAAGAUUUUCUCACUGGGAAAGAAAACAGAGCUUCACAGUUUCAAGAAACAGGGGAACUAAAAGGAAAAAGCAGAGUUUUCUUUUAUUAUUUUUUUAAAAUUUUUCUCAUUUUUUCUUUGUGUUUCUUGGGAUUUCCAACAUGGGUUAUUGUAAAGAACAGGAACAAGAACAAGAAAAGAUGAUGAAGCAAGUGUGGAUUCAUGGACCUAUCAUUGUAGGUGCUGGACCAUCUGGUUUAGCUGUAGCAGCUUGCCUCUCUCAACAAGGAGUCCCUUCUUUGAUUCUUGAGAAAAGCGACUGUAUAGCUUCUCUUUGGCAACAGAGAACAUAUGAUCGCCUCAAAUUUCAUCUGCCCAAACACUUCUGUGAACUUCCACUUCUUGGUUUUCCUGAUAACUUCCCCAAGUACCCUACUAAGCACCAAUUCAUCUCCUACAUGGAGUCCUAUGCUCUGCACUUCUCAAUCCAACCCAAUUUCAAACAAGCCGUUCAAAAAGCUGAAUUUGAUAACAUUACUGGGCUUUGGAGAGUACAAACCCAAGAUCGCGAAUACAAUACCCGUUGGCUUAUUGUGGCCACUGGUGAGAAUGCUGAGUCUGUAAUACCAGAGAUUGUUGGGAUGGAGAAGUUCAAUGGUCCUAUUAUACAUACCAGCAUGUACAAGUCUGGUUCUGAGUUCAAGAACCAGAGCGUCUUGGUUGUUGGUUGUGGUAAUUCUGGUAUGGAAGUAAGCUUGGACCUCUGUAGGUACAAUGCAAUCCCUCACAUGGUUGUUAGGAACACUGUGCAUGUAUUACCUAGAGAAAUGCUUGGCAUGUCAACGUUCGGAAUAGCCAUGGCACUUCUAAAGUGGUUCCCUCUAAAACUAGUUGACAAGUUCCUAUUACUAGUGGCUAAUUUCACUUUGGGCAAAACUGACCAAUUGGGCCUCCGGCGACCCAAAACCGGCCCAAUUGAGCUCAAAAACGUCACCGGAAAGACGCCGGUGCUGGACGUGGGUGCAUUAUCUCAAAUAAGAUCAGGCAAAAUUAAGGUGAUGGAAGGAGUGAAAGAGAUAACAAGAAAUGGGGUAAAAUUUAUGGAUGGACAAGAAAGGGAGUUUGAUUCUAUAAUCCUGGCAACUGGGUACAAAAGCAACGUGCCUUCUUGGCUCAAGGGAUCUGAUUUUUUCACCAAAGAUGGUAUGCCUAAAACUCCGUUUCCAAAUGGCUGGAAGGGGGAGAAUGGAUUAUACACAGUUGGAUUCACUAGGAGAGGGCUCUUGGGAACGGCUUCUGACGCUGUUAGAAUUGCACAACACAUAGCUGAGCAAUGGAGGACAAACAAGGACUGCAAUAAAUCUUGUAGUUCCCAUGUUAUCCUACUUGAAAAAUCAUAGCUAGCAAUAGAUCGGAGCAGCAGGGAAAAAAAUAAUAAUAAUCAUAAUGAUAAUAAUAAGAUGAGAGAAGAAAUUCUGGGUAAUUUUCAUAGGGUAGGUCUUUUAGAUGGGUGAUUUUAUUUUAUUGUUUAUCAUCAUCUUUAAACACCAGGUAGGACUAAUUCUGAAUUUCCCACCCACCACACCCAUCAUCCCCUCCCCCUUUUUUUUUUUCUUAUUGGUCUUGUAAAUGCACCAAUUUUGUAUGAAGGGUUACUUUCCAUUUCUCAUGUAACUUAGUUGGCUUUGUACAAAAUAAUUUCAUGGGUAGACUCUAAUUAAGAUAUGCUUGAGACUCGAGCUUCUCAUGCAUCAAUUGGUGUUGUAAUGCAU